CAAAACAAAAACACUCCAUUUUCUGGUUCCGCAACUCGACCCGCGGUCCAACGUCACGUUGCCGCAAACUUGGAAAAGCCCUUCCCUCGCAACGCACACUACACAACCUCGACAACUCAACGGACAUCUUACGUUCAACCUUUCAACCCGGCGCCAGCAACAGCGCCGAACCGCCCUCCUCUGUCAACCCCCCCCAAAAUGCCCGCCUCCCCACCAGAGAUACCCCCCACCCACCAAAAACCUGACCCCAAAAGCCACCGCAUUUUCGACCCCUGGAACUCCUCCUCAACAGGCCACCAGUGCGCCGACAACCCCUAUUCCGGCACAACAAGCUGGCGCGAUACCCGCUCCGCAAAACUAAAGCAGCAGUUCCGCGGCGAGGAUUGUUCCCGUGAUACCGCCGGCGCGCUAGAUGACUCGGACUUUUCGGCGAAAGCGUUCGAUGGGACGUGUGGAUCCGUGUCGCCGGUUGCGGAGAGCUAUGGGGGGAGAACGAGGGCUGGAGAGUGGCGAUGGGUUUCGGAGGAGGAGGCGAAGAGGGCUCAGCUGGGUGUAAGGGAUAUUCGGUGUUUUAUGGGUGUUGGGAAGAGGAAAGCUGGGGAUGAGGACCUGAUGCAGUCGCAGGCUGGUAAGAAGGCGAGGACUGUAUUGGAAAGGAAGUCGAUUCCAAGUACGAUGAUCCUGACUCCUGCGUCUACACCCACACCUGCGACUGUGACGGUACCAAGGACUUCAACCACGUCUACAAGUGCAUCCACCCCAACGAGCACGACCCAAACACUCUCAACCCCGAAAUCCGAGUCUGACACCGAUAACUCACGACAAAGAAGUACCGCAACACCCUCCACCACCAAACCAUCAUCUUCGACCCUCUUCACCGGCACAACAAUCUACAUAAACGGCUCAACCCUCCCCCAAAUAUCAGACCACAAACUAAAAUCCCUCCUCGCAUCUCACGGCGCUACAAUCGCCAUCGGGAUGGCCCGCCGGACAGUCACACAUGUUAUCAUCGGGCAACCCUGUACAAAGGGCCAGGGUGCCGGCGGUGGUCUUGCGGCGGGGAAAUUGCAGGGGGAGAUUGAGAGGGGUGGGUGGAAGGGUGUUAAGGUUGUUGGUGUUGAUUGGAUUCUCGAGAGUAUCAAGGCAGGUAAAAGGCUUGCUGAGUCUAGGUUUGCUGUUUUGAGUGUUGCGCCGAAGGGGCAGAGGAGUGUUGCUAGUAUGUUUGGUGGGAGGUGA